AGUAUCCGCAGCGACUUGUGGGCAUCCACGGAUCCGCCGCAUUUGUCUGCGACAGACAUAUUAGCAGAUUUUUGCCCGCCUGUGGGACCGAUAUAGACUCCAACAGCUCAGACGCUCGCUCAUUAUCGCUACAAAGAAGCUGUGGUUUUGUGGGGCUUCCGUGGUACGCACCAUCUUUUAUUCCUGUUCACGGUAUAAUGAGCCUUUCUUUCAAAGAACACCAACACUAAAUCAGCUGCCAUCAGAUUCAUCAUCCAAAUAAUGUUGGCAAGUCGACAAUUACCGCCGCCUGUUUAUCGGCCUCCUCUUCCACUUCCUGUAGCAACCUUCUACAACAUCCCAAGAAGGUACGUCAAAUCGAAUAUGCAGGUGAGCGACGACAUCGCUCCUGAGGACGAUCAGAAGCUCCCUCGAACUUUGCGCAAGAGCAGCAGGAAUAACGACUCUCGGGCAGCGUCAACAUCCGGCCCAAUUCGACGUACCAAAGAGGAAGUUAAGAUUCCUGCCUCAAACCCGCAAUCGCCUGGAAUCAGCAAGAGAAGAGCAACUUUCCUGGAUAACGAUGGCAACGAUAUCAGACUCACUGAUAGUAUGAGCCCUGACGAUUCUCGACCUUUCCCGAGUGCUUCAUCGACUACGUCUGGAGAACUAUCAGGACACGUGUGUCUCUGCCAGCCUGAACCCAAAAUACCCCGUCCGAGGAAUGCGUUUAUCCUUUAUCGACAGCACCACCAACAUGCUAUCGUCGCCCGCAAUCCAGGACUUACCAACCCAGAGAUUUCGAAAAUAAUCGGAGAGCAGUGGAACUCUGAGAGCGAGAACCAGAAGAAAACCUGGCAAGACCUGGCGCAGGAGGAAAAGGUCAGGCACCAAGAACAGUACCCUGACUAUCGCUAUCAGCCCCGUCGACUGGGUAAGGCCGGUUCGAUAUCAUCACCUCUCCCCAACCAGCUCCCCACUGUCGAUAAAUAUCGCUGCCCUAGGUGCGGUGGGCGCAGCAUCAAAACCCCAACGAGCCCUUUCAUCGCGAGCCCGGUAACGAGUCUCCCUCCCCCUGAUGCGUCCGAGAACCUCACGCCAACUACUCGUUACUUGCCUAUGAUGACAAGUAGCCUAAGCCUGGAGUCACCCGCCCAUCGUCGACGCGGGUUCGGGCCAUCCGGGCUCAGCAGCAUUCAGGUGCCGACCUCUGCGCCGGGUGACCAGAUUAUGUACAGUCCCCUCACGCCUGACUCAAAGCGCAGACGUUACAAUUAUCCCAAUCCUAGCAACGGGAGGAGAUCAGAGGGGCAGUAUUAUCAGACUCGUCACGGAUCUCUACCUCCUAUCAAUCAAAUGCGACCCUCACCACCAAAUACAGCGACGAUGCCUCCUCCACCUAGAACUCCACGGGAUCCUCGCAGGGCCUCUAUGGAUCUCAAUCUACUCGUUCCAAACCACCACGAUCAGAGCCGAAGCGUAGAGGCUAUGGUGAUGAGUGUACCUUAUCAGAUCAAGGUCAAGGUCCUCGGCCGGAUCACUCCACCACUCAAACAGCCCGGACCCACGAGCCCUGCGCCGCAAGUUCGUGGUGCCAUUAUUGCGAUUGAAGGCGAUUGUGCAGCUUCCAUAGAGGAGCUCGCAACUUGGCUACAAGACUACUUGGAGAAGGAGAACGAAUACAGACCGCGGGUUGUUGAGCCCCCUAAGGUCCCCGAAGACGACUCCGGAGAAGUGACCUUCGAGGAGUAUCUAGAUCUCAUUAAAACAUGGCACGGGCGUAGCCGUGAGAUGAUUGAGUACAUCUCGACCCCUGUCGCGGUGGUCAAGGACGAUGAGGCCCAGUCCACGUCGUCUUCUUCUGAAGCUGCGAUCCUCCCCGUCGUGAUCCUUCCGACCUACCAGCUUCACGCCUCGAACGUCUAUACUUCACGAAUCCCCAUUCAGGACGCAUAUAGUCCGACAGAUCACUGGCAGUGGAUGGCAACGUUGUGGCGAGGCACUGUUGGGCCAGACCUGACUAUCUACGUACACAGCGGCGAAAACAAGGAGGGUACACCCACCGGCGCGAAGACUGUCGAGCUGAACGAAGACGUCAGGCUGCUGACGGUAAGGAAAGACAAGGACAAAGAGAUUGAUUCGAGCGCCUUGAGGAGAGUUGGCUUUGAGGUAGGGGAGUGGAUCCGUACUGUUGGCACAAAUGUGGGUUAGAUGGUUCUUUCAUGUGUUCAAUUAUAGGCGCAUUUGGUAAAUAGGUUGUGCUGGUCUUCUUGUUCCCGAUUUUGCGUGUGUCUUUGAUGCAAGAGUUCUUUGUUGUAUGCAUUUCGAACAAAGGGGUCAAGGGGGUACACACAUAAAGAGAUUCUACUUUAAGCAUCAAACAGGCAACCAUGGGCAUUUAGGCAAUCCUAG